AAAGGUCAUGUUAAUGUACAGUAUGGUCAUGGUCUCACUCUCUCAAUGUCUGCUUAGAUAAGACGUCGAGGUACCUUUUGUUCCCUUUGACCUGAACGACCAUGUCCGCCCCAUCACCUCCGUCGAGUCUCAAGACUCCUCCCCCGUCGACACCAAACACGAUCCUCCUCUUCCCCACACCCUCGAUCCUUCUCAUCGUCCUCAACAACCCGCGCGGCCUCAACUGCCUCUCGACGUCUCUCCACUGGUCCCUGGACGCGCUGCUGUCGUGGUUCGACAAUGAACCGACCCUGGGCUGCUGCGUCGUCACCGGCAUGGGCCGCGCAUUCUGCGCCGGCGCCGACCUGAAGGAGUGGAACGAGUCCAACGCCCGCGCCGCCAAGGGCCAACCGGGCCAACGGGUCAUGCCUGCCAGCGGGUUCGGCGCCAUCAGCAGACGUACGGGUAAGAAACCCGUCAUCGGUGCCGUCAACGGUCUCGCCUUCGGCGGAGGCAUGGAGAUGGUGGCGAACAUGGACAUGGUGGUCGCCGCCAAGGGAGCGCAGUUCUCGCUGCCCGAGGUCAAGCGAGGCGUCGUGGCUUUUGCGGGGGCCCUACCACGUCUCGUCAGGACCGUCGGAAAGCCGAGGGCAAUGGAGAUGGCCUUGACGGGCAGGACAGUGAGCGCUGCCGAGGCCAGAGAAUGGGGGUUCGUCAAUGCCGUCACCGGAGAUGCACCUGUGGAGGCCGAGAUUCUGGACAGACCAGUCGUGAAGAAAGCACUUCAAUACGCAAAGGAGAUUUGUGGCAACAGUCCAGACAGUGUCAUUGUUAGUCGGGCAGGUGUCAUUGCAGGUUGGGAAGAUGGCAGUGCAGAACAUGGUACACAAACCACAAACGAAGUCUAUCAGAGACGGUUGAACGAAGGAGAAAAUAUCCGGGAAGGUGUCAAGGCAUUUGUUGAAAAGCGCUCUCCGAGAUGGGUACCCAGCAAGCUGUAGGUCAAAAUAUCAAGCCCAAAAAUAAAACUGUGAGUAGAGUAAUGGAAUGUGUUGUUGG